AUGGCAGCCAUGACUGUUCGACCUACUCCACACACUGAUGUUUCUUCUCAAACAACAGUUGUGUGUCAAAUCUGUGACAAACCUGGACACCGUGCUAAUAAUUGUUACCAUCGAUUUAAUUCGAACUCUGGUGGACGUGGUGGACGAUGGAGGCCACGCGGUGGUCGAAGUGGUGGUAGAUAUGGCAAUCAUCGAGGAGGCUUCAAUCAACAAUCAACAAAUCGGUGGUCGACUGAAGGGAUUAGAGGCUACAGUGCGAAUAUUGCUGCUUGUUAUGGUUCUGGGGACUCUAAUUUUGGAGUUAGGGUUCCUAAUUUUGGGGGAAAUAUUCCAGGUCAAAUUGACUCACGCAUAUUUGGAGAAUCUUUACCAGGUUAUAAUUUUGGGGGAAAUAUUUCGGGUUAUCCAAACGGUAGUGGUAUUCUUGGUCCGGGUCCGUGUGUUACUAGUGUUCCUGGCCCAAACAACAGUGAUAGUAAUAUUGGAUCAGGCUUUGGCCCAAAUCAUUUUGUAAACUGGACCCAUUCUGCUACUGUGUCAGGAGCUAGACCUUCUAGUGUUUUGAAUUCUGGACCAGCGAAUUCAAAUGUUUCUACAGGAUCAACAAAUUCUGGUGUUGCUGGUCAUUUUGGGCUUGUAGCCGACUUGUCAUCCGCAUGCGAUUUGGUUGACUCGUGGAUUCCAGAUUCAGGAGCUUCCGCACAUAUGACUGGUGAGCUAUCACUUGUUUUUGAUUCGGUUCCUUAUACCGGUACUGAGCGGGUUGUUAUUGGUGACGGUACAUCUCUUGCUAUAUCUCACAUUGGUUUUGCCCAUUUGCGCUUAUCUAGUAGUACCAUCACACUUAGACAUGUCUUAGUAGUUCCUGGCCUAGCCAAGAACUUACUAUCUAUUACUCAGCUUGUGAUUGAUCAUCCACUUACUAUUACUUUUUCUCAUGUUGGUUUGAUUAUUCAGAGUCUCACAGGACAGCUCAUCCACCACACGCGUGGUAGUCCUUAUCAGCUGUAUUCGUUGACUGCUGUUGCAGCUGUGUCUCGAGAGACGUGGCACUCUCGCUUAGGACAUCCAUCUGAUGGAGUUAUGGCUCGUUUUUCAUUCUUACGUACUUUAGAUAAAUCCAUGUGUUCUCAUUGUGUUGCUUGUAGUACAUCGAAAUCUACACGUUUACCGUUUGAUUCGAUUGUAUCUCACUCUAUAGUACCAUUACAUGUGAUUCAUUGUGAUAUUUGGGGACCCUCUCCUGUUUUUGUCUCGUGA